UUAAUGCAAUCCAAUGACUCUCAUCCGCUUACAAGAGAAUCCUAUGUUGGAAAGCAGGUUUCAUCCAUAGAGCACUGUCCUCUCAAGGCAAGGCAGAAUGGGAUCGAGGGGGUGUGGUCAGAUCAUUGUCCCCUCACCAGGAGUAAUUCCACUGUCUUCUCUGAACACAGUUCUCACCAAGAAAGCUUAGACACAAAGAAGUAAGCUUUAGGAUUGCUUUUUCCCUUGAAAGCAUGACUUAAGUAAGCCCCAGGAGACACCCUCGUUAAUCCACUUUACCUCUUAGGAUUGGUUUCAUUUUGGCACAUAAGAGAUUCUUAAUUAGGAAGAGGCUGUCAGGGAUUGAACUCUGGACCUUCUUUGGAACAUCCUUUCAGGGUUUGUAUUUGAACCUUCUGCACUACGAGAUAGGUGUUUGAUCACUGAAUUACUAGCCUAAUAGUGCUGCUGGGAUUCACAAAAUUGUCACAAUAUGGUAAAAAUAUUUGUAAAUCAUUUUCCAAUAGAAAGUUUUAUUAAACUUAAAUGAGAGUUAUUCUGCUUGUUGUUGGUGUUGGCUCCAAGCAGUUCUAUCCUGAUCAACUUUUGGAUUUUCAACCUGAAAGCAGAGCCAUUUGUAGCAAUAUUGGGUUACAGAAUCUAAACCAACUUUUGUUAUAAUCACUUUGGCCAUUCCUUGUUUUUCUGUUUUUUAGUAACUUGCUUGUGUACUUCCCAUGUUGGUAGUAUCAGAAGUAACAGAAGAAGAUAAGCGCCACUCAAUGAUUGAUAAUGGGAGAAAGGUUACUUGUCUUCCAUUUACUUUCCCUAUUGGCCCCCAUUUGUACUUUCAGUUCUGUUUUUCAGAUUCAGAUAUAGCUACCGAUCAAGCUCCAUAUAUAUAAAUAGAUUCCCCUACCUGGUGCAAACCAAUACAACUCAACAUCCGACACUCAAUAUUUUUAGUCCUUUUUUCUGCGAUAUCAUAAUGGAUUCAAGUGCAUCAAGCUUUUUUCUCAAUCCUUCAGCUCUUCAGUCAGUUUACUAUCCAGCAAAGGAGGAUGAGGAUAUUAUCGAUCUCGGUCUUAGUCUCAGAACCUUUCAACCCGACGCUUAUCAUCCAUCAGGACAUUACAUAGGCCAAGAGGGGUAUGAUGAACUAAUGGCCUGGCCUCAUCAGGGAAAUCAUCCAUCACUGAGACAUUCAAAUUCAGGAUAUCAAAGAAACACACAACAAGAAUAUGACGAGGAUGCAGAAGGCGUGCAAAGCAAAGAAAGUUGGGCUUAUGUAAAAGUAAAUAUGGAUGGUGUUGUUGUUGGCAGGAAAAUUUGCAUACUAGAUCAUGGUGGUUACUCAAGCCUUGCAGUUCAACUUGAAGACAUGUUUGGAAUACAAACUGCAACUGGGCUAAGGCUGUUCCAGCCAGGAUCUGAAUUCUGCUUGUUUUACCAGGACAGGGAGGACAAUUGGAGAACUGUUGGUGAUGUUCCCUGGAAGGAAUUUAUAGAAUCCGUCAAGCGGCUAAGGAUUGCACAAAGAAAGUGAAACUUUUCUUCUGCCAUGUUCAUCUCUGUCUCACGAUCUAGAAGCGUUUCUUUGAAUUGCCACGAUUAUGAGAUGAAACCAACCUGUUUACCUUUGAGCUUAAGAAGAAAAAACAGGUAGAAAUUAACCAAUGCAGAUUUUUAUGUUUGAAUCAAUUUAGUAACACUUUGUUAUAAUAAGUGUAUGUUCUUUAGUACUUCUCUGUCAUAAAUAAUAUAGGGAAAAGGCAGUUCCAGCAGU